AUGGCUUUACCAGUGUUAUUCAAACCUGCUACGCAUCUCUUGCUAUUUUCAACAAGUUUUGGUAUGUCUACGUUCUACUCAUUUGUAGCAUCCAUUAUUGCGUUCAAGACUCUCGAACUUGAACAAUUCUCCAAAUUGCAGAAUCAAGUCUUCCCUGUCUAUUUUAAAAUUCAAACAUUCACUCCGGUCCUCUUGGGGCUCACAAGCCCAGUCGCUAUGACAAACACCGCUCUUUGCACUUUGUCUCUGGCUUCAUUCACGGGGCUCGUGAAUUGGCUCUUUAUCUUACCAAGAGCCAAGCAGAUCAAAGUGCAAAGAAAACAAUUAGACAAAAAUGACAGUCAGUACGUUGUCAAAGACGAGCAAUUGAAGAAAAGAUUCGCUAAGAUUCACGGAUUCUCGUCCCUAUUCAACAUGACUCAUAUCGGCACCAUGCUUUUCUAUGGUGUCUGUCUAAGUUCUCAGCUCAUUAUUUGA